AGCAGCAUCUGGUGCAGGAUUAACAUACAUACAUGUGUAUGUAUGCGUCACGUAUAUAUUUACUGCAAAUGGUGGGGAUCAUUUAGUGCCCGAGAUGGGAGACCUGAAGUCAGGUUUUGAAGAGGUGGAUGGCGUGAGGCUCGGCUACCUCAUCAUUAAAGGAAAGCAAAUGUUUGCCCUCUCCCAAGUCUUCACGGAUCUGCUGAAAAACAUCCCGAGGACGACAGUGCACAAGCGCAUGGAUCAUCUGAAAGUGAAAAAGCACCACUGCGACCUGGAGGAGUUGCGGAAACUCAAGGCAAUCAACAGCAUCGCCUUCCACGCCGCCAAAUGCACGCUCAUCUCCCGGGAAGACGUGGAAGCACUCUACACUUCCUGCAAAACCGAGCGAGUCCUCAAGACCAAGCGCAGGAGGGCCGGCCGGGCCCUGGCCACAAAGGCGCCGCCACCAGAGCGCGCCGCCACCGCCGCCGCCAGCCCCCGCCCGGGCCUCUGGAAGGACAAGCACCAACUUUGGCGGGGCCUGAGCGGAGCCGCGCGGCCGCUGCCAAUCAGCGCGCAGUCCCCGCGCCCCGGCGCCGCCACCACGCGCCCCGCCGCCCAUCUACCUCAGAUUUUUAGCAAAUACCCGGGCUCGCACUACCCGGAAAUCGUGCGCUCGCCUUGCAAACCCCCUCCAAACUAUGAAACUGCCCCGCUCCAGGGAAACUACGUCGCGUUCCACUCGGACCCUGCUUAUUUUCGGAGCCUGCUGUGCGGCAAACAUCCGGCCGCCGCCGCCGCCGCCGCUGCCGCCGCCGCCGCCGCCGCCGCCGCCGCCUACUACCAGACGUCGGCGGCCGGGCCCCAGCCCAAGGCGGCGGCGGGCACGGGGGGCCCGGUGAGCCUGACCUACCGCUGCAAACGCAAACGCGGGGGCACCAAAGACUGCCUGCUCGCGCCCCACGCCGGCGCCCGCCGCCUGCUGCUGCUGCCCAGGUCCUACAGAGCCAAGGCGGCGGCGGCGGCGGCGGCGGCGGCAGCGGCGGCGGCGGCGGCAGCGGCCGCCGGGGCCACUUGCCUGGAGAGGUUUCAUCUGGUGAACAGCUUCUGCCCGCCUCCCCACCACCACCACCACCACCACCACCAUCACCACCACCAUCACCACCACCACCACCGGGCCCAGCAGCCGCAGAACCCCCCGCCCCCUCACCACCACCGGCCGCAGCCCCAUCUAGGCAGCUUUCCCGAGAGUUGCAGCAGCGACUCUGAGUCCAGCUCCUACUCGGACCGUGCAGCCAACGACUCAGAUUUUGGCUCCAGUUUGUCCAGCUCCAGCAACUCUGUGUCCUCGGAGGAAGAGGAGGAGGAGGAGGAGGAGGGAGAAGAGGAAGAGGAAGAAGAGGAGGAGGGGGGCAGCGGGGCCUCGGAUUCCAGCGAAGUCAGCUCGGAGGAGGAGGACUCGUCCACAGAGUCGGACUCCAGCUCCGGCUCCAGCCAAGUGUCGGUGCAGAGCAUCCGUUUCAGGCGCACCAGCUUCUGCAAGCCUCCCAGUGUGCAGGCGCAGGCCAACUUUUUGUACCAUCUGGCCUCCACCGCCGCUGCAACCAAACCCGCUGCUUUCGAGGAUGCCGGCGGACUUCCCGACCUCAGGAGUAGUGUCAAAGCCGAGUCGCCGGAGGAGUGGAAUCUGCAGAGCUGGGCCCCCAAAGCGUCUCCGGUGUACUGCCCGGCCAGCCUGGGGAGUUGUUUCACAGAGAUAAGGAACGAUAGGGUAUCUGAGAUUACACUCCCACACUCUGAAAUUUCCAGUACUGUAAAGAGAACUGACCUGACAGUUAACUGCCUGGCGGAGGGGGCCUCUUCACCUAGCCCAAAGACAAACAAUGCAUUUCCACAACAAAGAAUUCUCCGAGAGGCUAGGAAAUGCCUACAAGCAACUCCUACUACACACUGUGCAGAUAACAACACAAUAGCUGCUAGAUUCUUAAAUAAUGGUUCUUCAGGAGCAACAGCAAAUUCAGAAAAAGAUUCCAAAACCCCUCAUUGUCCUGAAUUUGCCACGGAUUUGCCCUUUUCGCAAAGUGAUCCUGGGCUGGAUGGAGCAGCAACAGCGAAAGCCGAGAAUCCUUGCACUGACACAGGCGACAAGACAUUGCCAGUUCUGCACAAUAUUAAAAUCAAAGUAGAAGACAGUAGUGCUAAUGAAGAAUAUGAACCUGACCUUAUUACAAAUAAGCUAAAGUGUGAGUGCAAUGAUACAAAGGGUGAUUUUUACAGUGUAACUGAGAGUAAAGAGGAAGAUGUCUUGUUGACCACAGCCAAGGAAGGUUUUGCAUGCCCUGAAAAAGAAACUCCUUCCUUCAGUCCACUGGCUCAGAGUCAGGGCCUUUCAUGCACUUUAGGUUCUCCAAAACCUGAGGAUGGGGAAUAUAAAUUUGGUGCCAAGGUGAGGAAAAAUUACCGGACUCUAGUACUGGGAAAGCGACCUGUACUUCAGACACCACCAGUCAAACCAAAUUUGAAAUCAGCUAGAAGUCCUCGUCCUACAGAUCUUCCUCUCCUCGGAAUUUGUGAUCAAGUCGCGGCCCGGGCGGAAGAGCCCGCACCAGGCACGGCCCCCAGUUCCUCUGGCGCAGCCUGCUGUCCCUGCAGCGUGGCCGGGCCCAGCGAAGCAGGGACAGGGCGCGCAGCCGGCCUCGGCUCCUCCCCACCCCCAUCCUCCGAGGGCCGGCCCUGGGGGAGACCGCCUCCUCCACUUGGGGCGCCUUUGUGUUCUGAAGUCCUCUCCCACCCUGGCACACGCCGCCUAGCCAUUUCUCACCUUCUCGCCUAGGCCUCAUCUCUCUCCCCCAGCAAAUGGGGCCCAGCUUUCUGCACUGUGCUGAGGGCUGGCCAUGGCCUCCAAAAUGCAUGUGUGGAGAGCAAGUGGCAAAGGGAUGGGGCUUCACACUGGGCCGAGCCAGCGUGGCUGGAACGCCUCCUGGGAAGUGGCCCAAGCCUUGAGGCCGGGAGUCUGCGCGGGCGAGGGCCCAGCGCACUUCCCAAGUGGGGGCAAUGUGAUGGGGCAAGGCUUGCUUUUUUUAGUAUCGUGGUUCCCGUCCUUGGGACCUCAGUGCAUCUGAAAGUGGAAUGAUGACCUGGAAACGGGAAACGAGAGACAGUGAACUGGAAAGUCACCCUGGGUUGGGGAGGUUGGAGUGCAGCAAUGCAAACAAAGCUGCUCCUGGAGGAAGAGGAGAAACAGAGGUGCACCGCAGAUGGGUCACAGGAAAGUGCAACAAGCUUGUUUUCCCGGGUGUUUAAAAUGCAGCCCCAGUUGUAAAGUGUGUGAAAUUACGCACUGGUCUCUUAAAGAGUGCCUAAUUUAUAGUAAAUAGCAUGGUCUUUGUAAAUGGCUUUAUUAUGUUGUUUCUUGUUAAUUGUUGAGAAAAUCCCCAUUGUUGAGUGUGAAAGGCUUUAUGAGCUAACCUGGUCCUCGGCGCAAUCAGAGGGCAGUAAAUGGCCGCUCGGCCUCGGAGGCCCCGCGCAGAAGCGGACGCCGGCCGAGAGCGCCACUGCGACCCCUGGAGACGCCGCCUGGGCCUGGGAACAACGUGGCGAGGUCUCCAGGCUCUAAUUAAGGAGAAGGCGUGUUUUGAACUCUCGGGCCCGUCGGAGCAGCUUGCAGAGUGAGGCGAGGAGAACAGGGCGGCGAGGGCGCGGGGAGGCGGCGCCGACCCGCGCCUUCCCCGGGCCUAGCCUCAAGCACAGGCCCGGGCGCCUCCUGGAGCCGCGCUUUCGUGGACCGAGUCAGUUCUCGGGCGUUGUCUCCAGGGCUCGGGCCGCGUGGGGCGCGAGCCCAGGCCGUGUGGGCCAAGCCGGCAAAGCCCACAAAUGUCGCGCCGGGCCUGGGGGUUGCAAGCUGAGCAGACCCGCCGGACAGCUCCAGACCCCCGCCUGCGCCUCCUCGCCUUUUGUUUAAAGCUUUCUGUCUUCUUUCUCCCUAUGUCGCUCACGCGCGAUCUCUCUUUUCUCUCUCCCUCUCUCUGCACUAGAAACCCGAAAUUGACUCCGAAGACAGGGGAAAUAAAGAGGAACUGUUUCAGGUUUGGGGGGAUGGGUUGUGUUGGUGGUUGUUUUUAACAAGAAAAAGGAUUUCUUCUUGAGUCUCAGAUAAGAUAUCACUAUCUGCUUUUCCCAUCUCCUCCAGUCUCUUCCCAGUCAGCUGGGACCCGGGAGGGGUAUGGGCAAAAGCAGGCCGGAGCUGGGAUCAUUUGAUUAACUCUGAAGGGAGGACCCCGCCGGCUCCUGCAGGCCUGGAGAGGGCGGGCGGAGAGCGCCUUUAUGGGCUCGGCCUCGCGGCCUUCCCAGAACUCCAGACCCCAGUGGGUCGGGGAAAAGCAGCUGCAGGCUUAAAGCAGCCUCUGAGUUCUGGCAGUGCAGAUAGAAAGCGAAUUUCUUCGUGAGCCGUCACUGGCGGAGAAAAGAAGGGGGGAACCUGGGUGAGGUGGAUUGUACGUAAGGGUUUGAACAUUAGCAAAUGCAAAUCACAAGGAAAUAUUAAUUCCAGUCAGAAAACCUAUAUUCAGCUCUCUUCCUUCCCUUCUAAAAUGGCCCUCUGCUUGCGCACUCUCGCUCUCACCAAAUUAGCUAUUACGUGAAAUCCCCCUGGGUUUAAAGCACUUGUUUCGCGGAUUCGCGUACAACCCAUAUUAACCAUGCGUUUUCUGCUAUUCCUCUUGUGAUUGACUGUCCCUGCCUCUCCCUUCUUUGUGGAGAGUAUGAUGCAUUUUAUUUUAGCCCAAUCGAUAGCGUGCAAAUACUGGGAUAACACAACCCACAGUUCUUCGAUGGAGGCUGUUUUCAAAAUUGAGUUUAGGGAUCAAUAGUAAGUCGGAAUGCUCCAAAUUGCACAAAUUCACCAAAUUCAAGCCUUGGCUCCCAAGCCCCUUUCCUGACUGAUUAACGCACUGGCAGGCAGUAAUUGCGGUUCCAUGGUUCCUGCUUCUCAAAACAGGAUGUUUUCAUCAAGUGUAUUUGACUUUCCAUAAAGAUAACUCCAGUUUGUUCGGAAAAACAGGACCCCAAAACGUGUGGAGUUAAACCCCUGUCAGUGGCUUUCUAUGAGCGGCUUCUUUCACACCGGUAUUGCUGUCAUUCCUCUUUCUCUUACUAGGACCUAAAAGCAUCUAAAUUGCCAUAGUGGGUGCUGGGAAAACGUUUGCACAGUUGAACACAUGUUUUACUGGUCAGUGAGCAGCCCUCUCCUGGGCCAUUACUUGACUCCCAGGACCUCUUUGCCCGGAGCCAAGCUGUGUGGUUGCAACACAGCGAGAUCUCUAUUCUUCUGCAGCUUGCGGCCAUGGCUGCGGAUCGAACUGGUGCCUAACUGGGGGUGGGGUGGGGGUGGGGUGAUUGUCUCCUUGCAAGGGACCUUAAGGCCAGAGAAGUGGAGGAACAGAAAAUUUGAAAGAGAAUUAAGAGAGCCUGCUGCCCUCAGAUUGUGUGUGUGUGUGUGUGUGUGUGUGU